ACGUUGCAAUCCGUGUGGCAUAUAUUAUUUUCUCAGACAAAUCCUCCGAUUAAAGAAAAAACUCACUAGCUCAAGUUCAGAGUCAGACGCCCAAGUGAGAAGUGACCAUCGUGCUCCUCCACGCUUCAGUGUCCGCUCCGCUCCGCUCCUGACUCAUCCCCGAGAUCGGCAUUAGAAAAACUCCCGGCAACUCCACAGCUCACACAACACCACGAGGUCCACGACCCAAUCACCCCAUCCGAUCUUCAUCUGAUCCGCGGCAAUGUUAUUUUUAAUAACGAAGCUUCUGCUGCAUCAGGCGACGAUUUUCGUCUGCCAUCACGUCGCCGUCGUCUUCCCCACAGAGUAGCAGAGCGAGCCUAGGCUAGGCGAGAAGCCGAGAAGCUAGAACACGAGGCAGGCAGCGGCGGCUAUGGCCGGACACGGCCACCCUUACUCGCCGGCGGAGCUGGAGCUGCCGGGGUUCGUGCCGCAGCGUCUCUCGCAGGUCGAGAUCCUCGCGCCUUUCCUAGGCGCGUCCCUCCUCGUCGCCCUAGCCGUCUGGCUCGUCUCAGGAAGAUGCGGCGGCAGAUUAUCGAGGACCGACCGCUUGCUCAUGUGCUGGUGGGCGUUCACGGGGCUGACUCACGUCGUCCUCGAGGGGCCCUUCCUCUUCACCCCGGAUUUCUUCAGCAAGGAGGACCCCAAUUACUUCGACGACCUCUUUAAAGAGUACAGCAAAGGUGACUCCAGAUACGCCGCCAGGAACACCGGGAUCCUCGCGCUCGAAAUGAUAACGAUCGGGUUGAAAGGCCCUGCGUCUCUGCUCGCAGUCUAUGCAGUUGCAUCCAGGAAAUCCUACAGCCACAUCCUCCAGCUCGCCAUUUGCUUGGGCCAGCUCUACGGAUGCUUGUUUUACUUCAUCACCGCAUACUUGGCUGGCUUCAACUUCUGGGUCAGUCCAUUCUACUUCUGGGCAUAUUUCGUCGGCGCAAACAGUUCGUGGGUCGUCAUACCGACGCUCAUCGCUGUAAGGAGCUGGAAGAAGAUUUGCGCGGCAUUUGAAGCUGGAAAGCUCAAGACUAGAUAGAUGAUCCCUGUUCUCGCGACAAUUCGGUAGUUUGGUUGGAGAUUAUGCUUAUUGUAAAACAAUAGUGGGCGAAUCUCUUGUUCCUGAAACUGGGAUCCUUGUGUUCCUACUGAAAAUCAACCUGUACCUUUUGCAAACAACAUUGUCCUGUCACCUUUUGUGCAGUUAUGCGAUGAGGUAAUACUAUUUUA